GUGGGAAAAUUCGGAGGCUCAGUAUCAAAACAAACCCGUUGGUGAAAGCAACAGUUAAAUCGUGGCAUCUUCAGGAGGGAAAAUAAGACAACUAUGAGUUUUUAUCAGUGGAGGGGGAGGACAUCAGAUGCCAGUACAAGUGGCAUUGAUUCUGGUGCUGUUACUUCGGUGGAGAAUUCUCCUGAUAUUAUCCCAGGCACCCCAGAAAGCUCCGACCAAGAUUUUAGCAAUACCCCCCGAUCUCAUUGGCACGGAUUACUCAAGCCUAGGCCUUUGCGUAGUGAACGUGAUGGUUCCAAAGGGAGUAGCAGUGAUAAAGUGCAUAUACCAGAGUCUGAUGAUGAAAUAUUAGAAGAUUCAGGCUGUGAAAACAAAGGAGUUGUAGAUUCAGAAGGAGAAAUCAUAUCAGAUUCAGAAGAGGAGGGUCUUCCAGAUCUGAAAGAACUCAUAAAACCUGCCAGUGAUAGCAAGAAAAAUUAUCUUCUCCCUUCUUCUUUGUGUGCCAGUGCAUCUUCUCCUAAGGGGAAGAUGUUUGAUCAUCUUCAAGCUAGUGGCAGGAGCCAAAAUGGAAGGUUAUUAAGUAGCACUCCGACAUUGGACACAUCUGAUUGGCGGAGUUCUAGCAAAGCAGCGGCAGAUUCAGAUUCAGAUGAUGACAGUCCUAUUUUUACUGGAAAACGAUCUAAAACCAGAUGUUUAAUUGAAAGUGGUGAAUCUGAUGUAUCUGAAUAUUCCGGAAGUGGAAAGAAAUGCAGUCCUGACAACAGCGACAAUUCAUCUCAAGAAGAUAGUGAAGUUGAUUACUCAGAAAGUCCAUUGCCAAACAGAACAAGGAAGAAGGAACCCCAUAGCGAGAUAUUAGAUGAAAGCGACUUCAGCAUACCUCAGUAUACCAGUGCUCAUCAGAAAGGAAAAGGUAAAAUUUCCCUUCAGCAUGAUACUGAGAGCCAGGAAUCAAAAAGUCACAACGUUGCUGAUUCUUCUGGUUCUCUAGAUGAAAGUCCUCCAGUUCCAGUAAUUAAGAAAAAAUUAUUCACUCGAAUAGAGAGUGAUGAUGAAGAGGCAUAUAUAGCAAGUUUGAAGUUUGGUACACCACCAGGGCAUUCACAAACAGAAAUUUGUGAAGAUUCCUUUCAGUCUGUCUCAUCAGAAGGUAUGGAAAAGGUAACCCGAGGUGCUUCCAUUGAGAUCGGAGAGACGGUUACGCCAGUGUCGUCACCAGAAAAAGACAAGGCACUUACUCCUCAAGAAAAAUAUGGGCACAAAUUUAAAAUAAAAAAGAAGUCCCCACAAAUAAAAGAAAACUCGCCAAAUUCCUCAGACUCCCCCAUUGGUAUAUCAGAGGUCCAAAAGGCUCCUCAGAAGGACAACAUUUUGAAUGAAUCUGUCAGAAACUUGUCAACCUCUUAUUGUAGCCCUUCACCUAACAAGAAUAACAGUAAAUUGGCAGUAGUAUCAGCAGACAACAGGUCUCUGCAGUCAUCUUUUGUUUUAGCAGAUCUAACAUCUUCAGAAAUGAAGAUGAAAUUGAAGGAAAAGAAGAAACUAUUAAAGACAACUAACUUGUCUGCAUUGCCAGAUGGGGGGUCCAAGAUUAAAAAUCAAAUUGAUGAACUUGAGGCAGCGUUGGCCAAUCUCAGUGUUGCCAGCAUUGAAGGGGAAACAUCUAUUCAGUCUGAGACGUCAGUAUUUAGCAAGGCUCAUUCUCCUGUAGCCAAUAUCUCCUAUGUAACGAGUCCACCAGCCAAGAAUAAAUCUGAAUCGUCGAUUAUUGUUGUUGAAAGUCCUCAGAUACCCACUUCUCCGACACUGAAAGAGUUGGAGAGGAAGCUCGAGAAAAAGAAGAUUAGGUAUAGCAGAGCUGAUUUAGGGAGUCUGCCGGAUGGUGGUAUGAAAAUGAGGAAGAAGAUGCUGCUCCUGGAACAGGAAAUAGCACGGCGAAAAGGAAGCCUUUCAGAAAUGUAUCGUUUUGAUGUAGAUCAGGGAAAAACUUCAAAGGUGGACACAGAGGUCAAGGCAACAUCAGCUGAACCGCUUGGGGAAUUAGAAUCAAAGAAAAAGAAGCUUGAGGAACUCAAAAUGGUCUAUCGAGCAGCAAACCCCAGAAGCCUCCCAGAUGGCGGAGCAAGGCUCAAAGAGCGCAUAACCCUUUUAGAGAAGGAUAUAAUGAUGUUGCAGUUGAGGGAGAAAAUUGAGUUAAAAACAACCCAACCAGAUAUUAUCACAGUGGAAGGACCAAAGAUGCACUACAAGCAAUCAAAGUUAACGGACUAUGGUCUUGAGUCUGCAGUAGUGUCAGCAUCAAAGGAUUCGCAACGUAAUCGUGCAGCAUUUGAUAUGGAUGCCAUGUAUGACAUUGCGAUGGAUUAUGGUGCUCGCAACUAUGGAGGAAAAAUCUCUUCUAAACGGGAAAGGGAGAUGAUCAGAGUGACAGCAGAAGCUGUGCAAGAACUCCAUGAUGCUUUAGAAAGUGCUCCCAAUGUUGAUGAAGUGGAGGAAGAAGAUCCUGAUAAACUUUCAGUGCCAUUGAUGCCUCACCAAAGAAAAGCUUUGGCAUGGUUGCUGUGGAGAGAAAGUCAGCUUCCUCGUGGUGGAAUACUUGCUGAUGAUAUGGGUCUUGGUAAGACACUUACAAUGAUAUCCUUGAUCCUGAAGCACCGGGAACUUGUCAAGGGUGGAAAAAUAUCUGAGGAUUUUGAGGGUCUCAAUGAUUCUAGCCAGGAAAGCGGUCCAGAACCAGAACAAAACAGCGAUGAAGAGAAAUGGAUUCAAAAGAAAAAUUAUAUUGGCCUUUCCAAGCGAAAAAAGCUAGUUCCUUCAAAAGGCACUCUGGUAGUUUGCCCAGCUUCACUUUUAGGUCAGUGGGAAGGCGAGGUCAAGAAACGUGUCGCUAAAGGGAAUUUGAAGACCCUUGUGUAUCAUGGUACCAACAGAGAGUAUGAUAUUCGUGCCUUGGCUCAUUUUGAUAUUGUCGUGACUACUUACCAGCUUGUAAUGAAGGAGGCUUUUCCAUCUGGCAAAGAUUAUGAGAAGGGCAGUAAAGAUGACGUCCCAAAGAUCAAGGCUAAGAAUCAAGGAAGAUUGUUUCAAGUUGGAUGGGCAAGGAUUAUUCUAGAUGAAGCUCAUCAGAUUCGAAAUCACAAAAGUAAAACUUCCCAAGCUACCUGUUUGUUACGAGGUGGUCGCAGAUGGGUUUUGACUGGAACUCCUGUUCAGAAUAAAGAAAUGGACUUGUAUUCACUCAUCAGGUUUCUACGAAUAAAACCAUUUGAUGAUUACACUUGUUGGAAACUGCAAGUGUCUAAUAAUAGUGCUCAGGGAAUGCGGAGAUUAUCACUCAUAGUGAAAGCCCUCAUGCUGCGGAGAACAAAAGACCAGAUUGACCAACAGACAGGCAAACAGUUGGUUGAGCUGCCCGAGAAGAAGAUUGUUCAGCACACACUUAAUUUGACACAACGAGAAAGAGAAGUGUAUGACCGAAUAUUCCAGUUCUCGAGGUCAACUAUGACUCACUAUAUGAAGAGCCAAGAAGAAAAAGAGCAAGAGAAAUUACUGAAAUGGGGAGAAAAAGGGAGUUCAAAUUACAGAAGACCUGAUGAUCAUAAAUAUACUCCAACAUUACCAGCAGCUGCUGACGGAAUGACUGGGGAAGUUAAAGCUCAUCACCUGCUCAUUUUGCUCCUUCGUCUCCGACAGAUUUGUUCCCAUCCUUCACUUAUUAAAGGGAUGGUUGAAACUGACACUGAAGCAGAUGGAAUUGAUCCAGCUGACAAUGAAGGGGUGGAACUGGAUAUUGUGUCACAGAUGGCAGAGAUGAGUCUAAGGUCUACAAAUGAUAUAGGAAAGGAAGCCGAUACUAAAGUUAAAAAGAAUGUUUUGACCAUGGACAACCCCAUUUUUCAGCGAAGCUCACGGAGUUCAAAAAUUGAAAGUGUCAUUGAAGAGCUUCAAAAAAUACGCCAGGAGGGGACUAGAGAAAAAUCAGUUAUAGUUUCCCAGUGGACGACAAUGUUGGAAGUUGUCAGAGAACACUUGCGUGAGGUGGGCAUAAGGUGCCAUACCAUAUCUGGUCAGGUACAGGUGAAAGACCGAACCUCCAUUGUUGAAGACUUCAACACAAACCCAAAGGGACCAAAAGUUAUGUUACUAUCCUUAGCAGCUGGUGGUGUUGGCUUGAACUUGGUGGGUGCAAAUCACUUAUUCUUACUAGACAUGCAUUGGAAUCCACAGCUUGAAGCCCAAGCUUGUGAUCGUAUAUAUCGGGUUGGUCAAACAAGACCUGUAACUGUUCAUAGAUUUGUUAUACAGAAUACUGUAGAAGAAAGAAUCUUGGAGCUUCAGCAGAAAAAACUGCAACUUGCAGAUGAAGUCCUUUCUGGCGUCAAGCGCACUGCUAACAACAAGCUUACAUUAGAAGACAUGAAGGCAUUAUUCAAUAUUGGUGGAAAUAAUGCACCAGUGAUGCAUCCAGCCUGAUGAGUCAAAAUGAAAGUUUUCAAGUUAAUAAUAAAUGUAUAAUAAUUUUUUUUUCUUUUACAGAAUACUGUAUAUAUUUUUAGAGAAUUUGUGCUUUAUCUUCUGACUUUAUCAGUGCCUUAGGUAAAUCUUUCUGUACAAUUUUACAGUGUCUUUAAGUAAGUCUUCCAUGUUUAUACUUAAUGUAUGUAUUAAUUUUUUUUUUUUUUUUUUUUUUUUUUUUUUUUUUACAGAAUACUGUAUAUAUUUUUUUUAGAGAAUUUGUGUUUUAUCUGCUGACUUUAUCAGUGCCUUGGGUAAAUCUUUCUUUACAAUUUUACAGUGCCUUAGGUAAAUCUUCCUGUACAACUCCUCAAUAUUUUUUUUAUUUUUUUAACAUUUAAUUUGAACAAAUAAGUUAAUUUAAUUAUUUGGUGUGCAGUAUCUGCAUGACUUAGAACAUUUACCAAUUUUCACAACAAAUAUUUCUGUCUGAUAAACGAAGUCUUGUUUUAAGUACACAUUUACUGAAAUGUAUUAAAUGGAAAAUACAGUGGAACCUCAGUUUUCUUGCAUAAUCAUAGGGAAUAAACAGUUUUACAUACAGAAAAUGAUGAGAAUAAAUAUGAAUGAAUAAUGGAAUGAAUAACGAACAUUUAACAUCACUCUUACCUUUAUGGAAACCUUGUCGGCAUGUGGAAGACCUAGAGAAUGGGAGGAGGAGGAGAAGUUAUUGUUUGGAAAGGGAAUCCCCCUCCUGAAGGAUUUCAGGUAUCAAGGACGUAUCUGGGGUUACUUCUAUUUGGUUUUUCUGGCACUACCUGGGGUUACUUUCUCUCUUUGGUUUCUAGUUUACUGGCAUUAGGACCAGCAUAACAAAACUGUCCAGAGACAUUUGUUUCUGGCUUCUCUUUAAAAUUUGCCUAAAGUGUAACAAGGCAUUGUCAUUAAAGAUGUUGGAGACAUGGAUUACAACAUCUUGUUGGGAUAAUUCUCCACAAAAUCUUUUACAUCACUCCACUUUGCAAACAUGCCCUUAAUCACUGAAGUAGGUACAUUAUGUAUGCCCGUUUGCUUUCUGAAUUUUUCAAACCAGCCUCUGCUGGUCUUGAAUUUGCUAACAGUAGCACUUGUAGAUAUUUUCUUACUGUGAUUGGCAUGCAACACCCUCCAACACUUUGCUAUGAGUUCUUUCUUAAAUUCUAUGGUUUUUCUCGCCAUUUUCACAGAAGGGCUGGCAUGUGGAACUUUCCUUGGUCCCAUGAUGGCUUAUUUAACAGUUGCACUUGAAUAAUAAAAAGCACAAAAAACACAAAAGCAGAGUGGAUCACAAAGGAACACAAGAUUCUUUGUUUUGGCGCUCAAUACAGGGCCUGGUUACGUGGUGGGCCCCAGUAGGAGUGUUUCCAAGUGUACAAAAUCCAAGGAAAGGAACAAAACCCCGAGACAAUUUCGUCGGAAAAAUUCUAUGAAAACAGAUUCAACUGUUCUUGGUUUAAGGGGACCGGCCAGAAACCUUAUAUAUGGUGGUAGAGGACGAAAAAUGCAGUCAUGAAAGAAUUCAUGGAGCUUCAUAUGGCAAUUGAGAAUACGUAUACGAAAUAUUUCGUCAAAAUUCCUCUUACUUUCGUAGUUACAGGGUAAUUAGUUAAACUCAGUAAGCCUAAAACAUUGAUCCGUACAAGAAAAUGCAAUAUUUCUUCUAUUAUCGUAAAUUUUGAUAAUUAUUGUCAAAGAAAUUGGGAGAAAUGGCAUCUGUAGACAUUCCUCGAGUCGAGAAGGGAGACUUCACUUCAGUCAACUACCAAGUCCAGCCAUCAGUGCGAGCACAAACUUCAAGUAGUCUACACGUUCGAUUUCACCUCUGACAUUCGCUUGCUUUUACGUAUGAUUAUGUAUGUUUCGGCAAGAAUUUCAUCAUGCCAAUGAGGAAAAGACUAGGAAAACAUCUCGCUAACAUACAGACUAAGAAAAAUCGCUCGACUAAUAUUACAGAAUAUCAUAAUAUAUGCGUAAUUAGUGAAGAGAGAGGGGAGGGUUGCUAGUAAGGGUUGCGUAGUAACGCCCCCCGUCUUGCCUGACAGCACACGUCACACUGUGCCCAAGGCUACGAUCUUUGAGCAAAGAGAUCUUCAUUUAUGGUAAAUAAAGUUUUGGUUUUUUAAUACCCAAAAUGGAAUAUGAAAUUCAUAUUAAUCAUGAUUUAUUAAAUUGUCUUUGUAAAAAGAGAGUACACCUUCGAGUUUCACCUCUGACAUUCUCUUGCAUUUACGUUUGUUUAUCUUUGUUUCGGCAAGAAUGUCAUCAUGCCAAAGAGGAAAAUACAAGGAAAACAUCUCGCUAACAUACAGAAGAAGAAAAUCCGCUGUAAUAAGCCGAGUUAGUGAAGGGGGGAGAGAGAGAGUUGCGUAGGAAGGAGUGCCCCAUCUUGCCUCAAGCAGUGCCCCAGGCUACGAUAUAUGAGCAAAGGGAUCAUCAUUUAUGAUUAAAUUAUGAUAAAUAAAAUAGUUUUGGUUUAUUAUAUCACAAAAAAGAAAUAUACAUUC